AUGUCUGACCUCAGCGUCAAGUUGGGGGUCUUGCGACUUGGACGAGUCGCCGGCAAGUGCAAGUAUACACUGAUAGAUGAGAAGGAUGUAAACCUGGUGCAGCAAUAUGCAGUUGAGCCAAGAGUUGAGGUGGACAAAAAUGGCAAUGGAGCCUGCAUCUACGCAGUUGCUCAUGACAUAAGCCGAGGUCACUGCAGUGGGAAGUACCUGCACGAGCUGCUCUGGGAAAGUCACAAUGGAGGCAUCGCUCCCGGCUGGCGAGUCACCCACAAGAACCAUGUGACGGUUGACAACCGCUUGGACAACCUGGAGUUGGUCAAGGAUAACAGACAGGCUCAGGUGCCUUCACAACCUGACGAGUCUUCAGGGAGUCAGACCAAGAACCGGGAGAACAGUCUCUACUGGAUUACCAUCAUGCAGCUUACUGGGGAUCCCCUGGAAGUGAAUUACCCACAUUUCAGCAAGUGGUAUGACUUCAAUGGAGAUAUCGUAGGCCCAGUAGAUGGAAGUUAUGUUUAUUAUGAGUGUCACUACGCACCAUGCACACGUAUGGAGAGGGAAAUCCGAGAAUUCAGUAUAUGUGGGAGAUGUCAGGAAGUCAGAUACUGCGGGACAUCUUGUCAAGAGAGAGAUUGGCCAGCACACAAGCGGCUCUGCCAGAAGAGAGGGAGGCAGGUUCGGGAGAGUUCUCCAGAUCGGUGA